AUGCCGGCGACACCCGCAACGUCACUGCCGCCGGGUGUAUCCCCGCCGCUCACGAUAGACACCACGGAUAAUCACGGCGGAUUGAUAGUGAUCUGGACUUCUUUGGCUUUGGUCGUGAUCUUGUCCUCUAUGGCAGCGCGGAUAUACUCGGCGUGUCAACGACAUAUCUUCCAGCGGGAUGAUUUGCUCUUUGCCAUUAUGGUGAUCGUUGCCAUUGCUCAGACGGGCGUGGUGCUGUCUCAGGUCCGCCUGGGCUGGGGAGUGCAUGGAGAAACUCAUUCAUCUCGCGAUGAUUCAAUGCUCAAGACCGCAUACGUAGGCGAUCUUCUCGCCAUCCUAGCCCUAGGCCUCUCCAAAGUCACCUCCUGUAUAUUCUACGAAACAUUAUUCUCCCAACUUCAACUCCACCUCAUCCGAGGCGUUCUCGUCGCAAUGCUUCUCUGGACCGUCUUAUCUAUAGUAUUGGUGGGAGUUCGCUGCAGUGACCAACCGUGGCUCGACCUGAGUGCUUCGCAAUGUGGUAGUCUGUUCCCGCGCUGGAUCGCGAUAACCGUCUUUGACAUUGUUACGGAGCUCUUACUCUUCGCCUAUGCGGGAUUCGCAAUCCACAGGAUUCAAAUCUCCUUGCGCAAAAAGCUCAUUAUUGGAAUCACCCUCGAGAGCCGUAUCAUGCUCAUUCCCCUCGCCGCCAUCCGACUCUACUACAUGCACCAACAGAUCGUAUCGACCGACCCCGUGCUCCUGGGAGCCUACUCCACCGUCACAACCGAGGUCUACAUCGCAAUCAGCGUCGUCUGUCUCAUCGCCGCCUUCCUCAAGUCAUUCAUCGUCGUCUUCGUGGACAAAAAGACCCUUUCAUACAGCGACGGGACGUCCACCUCUCGUUCGAAAUCCAAGCGCUUCUCCUCCGGGACUGCGGGCCCGGCUGCAAAACCCAUGGGUCAUCAUAGUUCGGCGUGUGCGGUCAGAGGGUGGGAGAGGGAGGACGAUCCGAUGAUCGAUCGGCCUGCUGAUGCGCGGGGGUUGCAGAUCUUUAAAACGGUGCAGUUGGAUGUGCGGGAUGAAUCGAUAGAGUUGGCAGAUGCGGGACAGGGAAGGGCGUCCACGCCAUCACCUCAGUAUUGA